CAAUACUUCGAUCUUGUUAGGGCCUACCUCAGUAUCUAGUUAUCUACUCGCCUUAUAUUAUUCGUCAACGCUGUAGAAAACCCUAAUUUGAUCGAAACCUUUUCUAUAUACAAGAAGCCGCAUUCUCGUUUAAUGAAUUUUCCCUGAUAGCUAAGAGUUUGCCUCCAAUUAGCGUUUCCGAACUGAAGGUUGAAAGUUUUUAUGGAGAUCUAGGUUGAAAGUUUAUUUACCGUAUAGGGCUUAGUGUCCUAGAUUUUGCGGUUUGUAAGGAUUGAAACGGUUUUUGAAGGAUUCGGGGUUGAAGAUUUUUGUUCCACUGGAGGUGGAAAUCUGCUUAUUCUGACUUGUAAGGUAGAAGAUGUCAAGCAAGAAAGAAGAGAAAGCUCAGGCGGCGGCCGAGAGGAUCAAGGCUGCAGCUUUGUCGGCUGCAAAGGGUCUUAGCCGUGCUCAGGCUGAACGAGCGGCUGCUGCUGCAGCCCGAAAUGUAAAUGCUUAUGGACAGAAGGAGGAAGGACCCAGCCGGUGGCAGGAAAGGAAGGAAGCCAAGCGCCAGAUGUAUUUGAUGAGUACUGAGAAGGCAGUGAAAUUGGGUGAAAGGAAAGACCUUAAAGCUUCUAUGUCGACCAUGGGUGGCACUUCAUCCCAAUGUCAGAAAUGUUUCCAAGCUGGUCACUGGACAUAUGAGUGCAAGAAUGAACGUGUCUACAUCUCAAGACCCUCUCGAACACAGCAGCUCAAAAACCCUAAAUUGAAGAUGAAGCUUUCUGUCUCCUAUGAGCUGGAUGACCCAGAUGUGCAGAAGGUGGAAAAGGGUGAAAAGAGUAGCAAGAAAAGUAAGAGGAAACAUCGGUCUGUGUCUGACUCAGAAAGUGAGGAUAGUGAAGCUUCUGUUUUUGAGACAGACAGUGGGUCAUCCUCAGUGACAGAAUCGGAUGAUUCUUCAGGGGAGAGUAGCUCAAGUUACAGCUCAUCAUCAGAUUCAGAGGAUGAGCGAAGGAGAAGGAGAAGGACAAGGAAACAGAGGAAGAGAAGGCAUCGAAGGUAUAGCUCGUCCUCUGAUUCCUCUGACACAGAUUCUGCUUCUGACUCUGAUUCUGAUUAUAAAAACAGUCGAAGGAAGAACAGAAGGCACAGCAAAAGGCGCUAAGAAAAACUGAGAAACAGGAAAGACGGUACAUGCUGAUUUCUAGUAAAAAGUAUCAUCUGCUAGUGCACUCUUUUGUUUUUGUUUUUGUUUUUUACCUCUAUGUUAUCUGUUGUUGACUUCAUUGCUAUUUCCGUAGUUCAUGUAUGAGAAUGGGAACCUUGAACUGGAUGCCAUUUCACUUGAUGCCUCAUAAAGUAAGCUUAUUUUGGUUGCCAAUGUUUUCCAGAUGUUACAGUUAAAAACUACUUGCAGAGCUCUUUUAGAUUU